AUGGUUUAUGUUUCAAAAGCUUGUUCUAAACGAAUAAUAUAUAAUUCAUUAGGUUAUAAAUUUUUUGUUUGUUUAGCCAAUGUAAUAUGCGAGGAUUUGCCGGACGACAUAUACUCGUUCUCAAUAUCGGCCUCGGGAAAACGAUGUGUACUAGAGACGGAGAUGAGGCAGACCGGUGGGGUAGAUUAUCGGUGCCGGAGUUCUGAGGUCGACGUUGAUGGUACGAUGGCUAAUUACAUCGAGACCGAUGAAUGUGUCAAUGCAUGCGGUGUGGAUAGGAGAUCCCUUGGGAUUUCAUCGGAUGCUCUUCUCGACCCUGGCUUUGCCGUCAAGCUUUGCACUCCUGAAUGUCUGGAAGACUGCCCUAACAUUGCUGAUCUCUACUCUAUUCUUGUCGCUGCCGAAGGUUCACAUUUGCCUGAUUUGUGUGCGGCGAGACGGAACAACCCUCACCGGUCAAUGUUUGAGAUCCUUAGCUCAGGAGAAGCUCUUGGUACGUUUUCAGAAGAGCUAUCGGAGGCCCCUACGGAUGCGCCAGCUUUUAGCCCCAUUGGUAUAUGACAUAUACCUUUUAUUUCAGUGUGUUAUUUAAAAGUUCGUUUUCUUCUUUCUUUUUUUUUUUGUUUUUGUUGAUUUGGAAAUAUAUAA